UUGGUGGAAUGCAGUGAGAGAGUACCUGCGGUCGGGUCGGAUUAUUGCGCUGCACUAAUAAACACUGGAGUUUGUACAAUGCGCGCUGUUGCGGAGAAGGAGGUGCAGGAGAGAGAGAGAGACGCGUCUUGUGACACACGCAGCGCAGAAGUGGACGCGGAUCGGUCAGUAACAUUACUGAUGCGUUACUGUUAGCGUCUCAGGAACAGUUCAGCAUGUCGGAGCGAGCAGCACUUCAGCGAAGCGGAGUUCAGUCUCCCCACCUGCAGCCGCAAAAGUCGCUCUCCAUUUCAUCAGUCCGGCCGGUGCAGAUGAAUUUGUUCGCGACGUGGGAAAUAGACCGCUCAUCUCCCAGCUGUGUGCCCAGGCUCCUCAGUCUAACGCUGAAGAAACUAGUGAUGUUGAAAGAGCUUGAUCGAGACCUGACUUCUGUGGUUAUUGCUGUCAAACUUCAGGGAUCAAAACGUAUUUUACGCUCCAAUGAAAUCGCCCUUUCAUCUCCUGGACUCACCGAAACGGAUUUACAGCUGACGUUCUCUUUACAGUAUCCACACUUUCUGAAGAGAGAUGCUAACAGGCUGCAGAUCAUGCUCCAGAGAAGGAAAAGGUACAAGAACCGAAUGAUUCUGGGCUACAAGACGUUAGCACUGGGCCUGAUUAACAUGGCAGAGGUGAUGCAGCAUCCAACUGAAGGUGCUCAGGUGCUGGGCUUACACACUUCAGUGAAGGACAUAGCUGUGCCUGUGGCUGAGAUCAGGGUCUACUCUAUGUCCAGUCAGCCUAUAGACCCAGAGGGAACAAAAAACAAGCUUUCUGAUCGCUCUCCUGACAUUGAUAACUACUCUGAAGAAGAUGAAGAGAGCUACUCAUCUGAGCAGGAGGGCAGUGAUGACCCCCUCCAUGGACAGUAUCUUUAUGAUGAUGAAGAUGAAGUAAGGAAGAAGAAGCCUCGGCGUAAACUCACCUCUGCCACUUCUAUCACUAGAGCUAACCCCAACAUUAAGCAAAAGUUUGUGGCGCUGCUGAAAAGGUUCAAGGUUUCUGAUGAGGUGGGGUUUGGUCUGGAGCAUGUUUCACAGGACCAGAUUCAGGAUGUGGAGGAAGAUCUGGAUGAGCUGUAUAACAGUUUGGAGAUGUACAACCACAGUGAUAGUGGACCAGACAUGGAGGAGAAUGACAGUGUCCUCAGCAUGCCAAAGCCCAAACUCCCGCCCUUCUUUGAAGCCAUGUCUCAGUCCAACUCUCAGACAGAGUUUGGCAGUUUAAACAGCAGAUACAGUUUGGGCAGAGACACUCUAAGUCCUCAGACAGAACUGACUGCAUUUAGUAGAAUUCGGCGUUCCAGUAGUGCAUACCUAGAGGAUCCCUUUUCCGAGACCGAGACAGUGGAGCUGAAUGAGGUGGAUGUUGGUGGAGAGGGAACCCCUAGUAUCACCGUGUCUGUGGCAGAGAGACCAAGAACUCCACAGAAAAGCAGCAGCCAGACCAUGUCUUCCCGAAGGCUGGAAGGUGGUCACACUCCUAAGCACAAGCGAGGGACCCCUAGAAAAGAGAGGCAGCUGUCCAAACCUCCCAGCGAACGCACCAACAGCUCGGAUAGUGAGCGCUCACCUGAGCUCAGUCUUACUCCACAGAUGCCAAGGAAGAUAGUGUACGACCAGCUGAACCAGAUCUUGGUGUCAGAUACCACCCUACCUGACAAUCUUAUUCUCAUUAACAGCAGCGACUGGCAAGGACAGUAUGUAGCAGAUUUGAUGCAGGCUCAGAAGUAUCCAGUGGUGUGUACCUGUUCAGUAUCAGAGAUUCAGGCUGUGCUCUCAGCUCUGCUAACACGCAUUCAGAAAUUCUGUAACUGUAACUCGAUCAUGCCCAAACCUGUAAAGGUGGUGGCUGUUGGAGGGCCGAAUUAUCUGGGAGCCAUCUUGCGCUUUUAUGUGUCCCAGCUGGCCAACAGGACUUCUGAUUGGCUGAGCCACCUGAGGUUUCUGGUGGUUCCACUAUCCUCUCACCCUGUGGCUAAGUACCUGGGUUCUCUGGAUAACCGCUAUCGUUUAGCUUUCCUCGACAGUUCAUGGCGCGAGUUCUUCAGUCGAACAGAUUCUCCUCAGCCUGGCUCAUCUGCAGAGGCUGUGGAUGUGGCGGGCCGUAUUUGUCAGUACAUUAACGGAGCCUCAGUCACUCACCAGUUGCCAAUUGCUGAGGCCAUGCUGACCUGCAAACAUAAAACGCAAGAUGACGAUUCCUGCCAGAAUUUUGUCCCUUUUGUGGGUGUGGUUAAAGUUGGUUUGAUUGAGCCCGGGCCUGGCUUUGUAGGUGGGGACGGUGAAGACGGAGUGGCCUUGAGUCUAACAGUUCCAUCAACCUCUCCACCGGCUCAUGCAUUGUCCCCUGGAGCAAUGAAAGAAUCGGCUACUCCUCCUCCUUCACCAUCCCUCAGCAGUGGAUUGGCCGUUCUUGGGAGUCCAAUCAUGUCUCACGGAGUGGAUGCCAUUGGACUCCAGGUGGAUUACUGGGUGGCUGAAAAGCGUAAAGAUGGUGAGAGAAAGGACACCAAGAACACACUUAAAAGUGCUUUCAGGUCAUUGCAGGUCAGCAGGCUGCCCAACUCUGCCAACGGAGAAGUCCAUCCCAUCUCCUGCACUAUGGCCAUGACGGUGGUUACCAAGGAGAAGAACAAGAAAGUUCCGACAAUAUUUCUGGGGAAGAAGCCAAGAGAGAGAGACGUCGAGUCCAAGAGUCAGGUGAUUGAGGGCAUCACUCGCCUCAUCUGUUCUGCCAAGCAACAGCAAACAAGUAUACGAGUAUCUGUGGAUGGAAUGGAGUGGAAUGAUGUAAAGUUUUUUCAGCUGGCAUCUCAGUGGCCCACUCAUGUGAAGUAUCUACCAGUGGGUCUUUUUGGUUACAGUAAAACAGCCACGUAAUUGCAUCUUGUCACCAAUCCGCCAAAAAAGACUUUCAAUAUUUAUGAGUCAUGACAGUUUUGAGAAUUCAGUUAUUUCAGUUCUUUUCUGUGCUGAAACGAUGGGAACAUAGGCUUCUGUUUUGGCCUAAACCAAAUAUUUUCAAAAAUGAAUUAUUAAAUUAAUUGUUGGUUUUCCAUAAAUGAGAUAUAAUGUUCUGGAUUAAAAAUACACUUACAGCACACAUAAAAUUUGUCCCUGAUAUUUGGUACUUUUUCUUUAAUCAGCCACUUUUGAUCCACCAACGACUUUUUAGCAGAAUUGUUAUGGACAUCGAUUACCUGGCAACCUUGGUAUUUUAUGUUUUCUUGACAAAACCUUGACCUUUAAUUACAGUCGGCUGUUCAGUCUUAUGUUCCUUCAGUCAGAAAAAGAGCACUUGCAGAAAUCAAUGAAAUUCUCAGAGUGCCAUGACCUACUUGUCUAUUACGAGUGUAUGGGAUUUUUUGACCGGAACUGUAGCUGACAGCUGAGGAAAAACCCCAAACAGACAUCAUCUCCAGUUCUGUUAUAUUGUUUGUUAUUUCCUACUGUGGUUUGCAGUUAGCGAUGCAAUAACACCCAAAUACUGGAUCAUUAUUGUACUGUGAAAUUAUUGAAGUAUCUAUUAGUGAAUUAUGAGUGAGGUGUUCUAUCUGAAAUGUAGUGAUUAUUGUCGUGUUAUUUUAUAUGGCAAUAGCUUUGAGUAUAAUUAAUCUGCAAAAAAGAGCACUUUUGCUGUAUUAUAAAGUUUGUAAUAUUAAAAGUCUAUGAAGUAUACUAAAAAAAUAAUAUUCUCAGUGAAAAUAUGACUAAAGAUAUUAACUAACUAAUAUAUUUUGUUAUUUUGCUAGUUGUUGUGUCUGAAUAAGCAAGUAAAUUGAUAUUUUGAAUAUGAACACAUUUCCCUGUGAUGAUUGGGGGAUACUUGGGCUGCUUCCGACACCUUUUUAAUCGGGUGGUGCUUACAUUGUUCAAUGUGCAGUAAAACUGGUGGUUAAAAAUGAGAGUAAACUGUAUUAUUGUAAAGUAUCAUCAGUGUAUAACCUACCUCCCUGUCACACUGCAUAAUGUGAUCUUACUUAUUCCAGAUAUACACAUUUAUAUCCAGUUGUCAAAAAUGUGCAGUCUACCCUUAAUGCCUUCAACAUGCAAACCUCGAUUUCAGAGGAGUUGAGAAAGUCUAAAAUAUAGAACAUAAAAAACAUAAAACAAACAUAGAGAUUUUUUAAAGAUGUUUAAAAAUGACAAUCAUGCGUGGGUAUAGAAGUAGCAUUUUAGAAAAUAAUUCAUUCAGUAAUUCAUAAUUUAUUUAAUACUUUGUGCAUAAUAUUGUCAAAAGAUUAAGGAAUUUUUUUAAUAAAUAAUUACUGCACCACUUACUGAUUGCCAGUGAUCACUUAAACAUUGCUGGCUUCAGGAACACUGACCAACAUUCAGAAAUGUUGCCAACUUCUCAAGGCUUAAGCACUGUGGUAAUGUGUAGAGUAUCAGCCUUUUAAAAUGUUUAUGACUAUGAUUACACUAUUUUCUCUAACUAAAUAAUAAAAAUCAUCCACAUUAAUCCCAGCCCCCUUAAAAUGUCAGGUUCAGUCAUGAUGUGUGGGUGUAGGGGCACGAUUACAGCAGAAAAAUCUCCACACACAUUGUAGCGUUAUAUGCUGUCUUUAUCAGUAAUGCCAGUGCUUAUUUCAAGAUGACAACACAUGACUAGCUACAUUCUGCAUGGCUGUGUUAAUGAGAGUGUGUGCUAGGCUGGCCUGCCUGCAGCUGAAGAAUUGUCUCUUAUUAAGCAUAUAAUACAUGAGGGCAAUGUUUAUACUGAAUACAGAUCAAAGAGAACUUAUUUUAAUUCUUGUUUUCCUGUUUUACUUAGCAUUUCACAUACUGUCCCAACUUUUUUGAAAGUAAUGUUUGUACAUGGUUGUAUGCAAAUUAAGUACUUUGCAUGCAGUAAUACUGUAAUAUUUUGGUGUAACUUUGUUGUAAAAAUAUUUUUGUCGUGCACAAAUGACAAUAAAUACUCC